GCCCAGGCAGGAAAGUUCAUGAGACUUAUCUCCAGUGAACCUCCAGAAAGCUGGAAGUGGCACUGAGGUUCAAAGUGGUAGAGUGCUAGCCUUGAGCAAAAUAGCUCUGGGGUCCCAAGUUCAAGGACAGACAAAAAAAGUAAAGGAUUUAAAUAGAAGAAUGAAGGACAGGCAGCUCAGUCCCCAUCCUCCCAGCAGGCUUUCAGGUGGGUGGGAUAGAGGCUGCUCAGGGUGUUUGCUGACAGACUUGCUAAUUAAACACCACCAAAAGGCAAUAUUGCUUUGCCAAUAGUGAUGGCUGUGCCAGCCUUAUCAGCUGCAAGCUGACUAUCAGGAACCUUCUAAUUAAAAACAAACAGCUCUGGGGGUGCACCUGUGCUCCUGCUUGUGCUCUGAGGACCUCUAGGAUGGCACCUAGGGAAUGACACACCCUGGUCACUUUUCUGUCAUCCCCUUUGCUCAAAGGAGCCUCUGUGUCCUAACAACGUGGUGUGAAGUGUACAACUUGUCCUGCAUCCUAUCCCCCCGAGGUGCAAACAGACAAAGCCAGCAGAUUGUGCGGUGGUGCGGUUCAGCCCUGAGAAAGGAAGGCUGGGGGUGUGGUGGGCGAGCUUUAAUGAUUUCUGCUGGGUCUCUAAAUUAGAGGACAGCUUAAAGCUAAAGGUCUCUUCUAAGAGGGGUUAGAAUUUCAUCAGAAAGCAAGUCUGGUCACAUGAGAAUUUCUGGCACCGUGUGCAUGGCAGGCUGGACACUAGCCUGCCAGAAUUGAGCGAGUGGAUCGUAUUGGCUUCAGAAGAGGGGAAAAGUCCCAGACUGGCCUGCGAGAAGGAGCUGCCGACUGUAGACAGAGGCAGCAAGACCAGGGCUCUGCCAUCUGAUGCACCUUCUUUUAACCCUCACGAAGGCGGUCAGUCCCCGAACUCAAGUCUGAAAGAUGCCUAAGGAAUGCAAUGCCUUCCACACCCUCUCCGCAGCUCUCUGCUGCUUCUACCAACGCAAAUCCUUCCUGGGAAUCAAGUUUUCCAAGGAGAGGCACGUGAUGGACAGGACCCCCGAGCGGCUGAAGAAGGAGCUGGAGGAGGAACUGCUGCUGAGCAGUGAGGACCUGCGCAGCCACGCCUGGUACCACGGCCGCAUCCCCCGCCAGGUGUCUGAAGACCUCGUGCAGCGAGAUGGUGAUUUCCUAGUUCGUGACUCCCUAUCCAGCCCUGGGAACUUUGUUCUGACCUGUCAGUGGAAAAACCUUGCUCAGCACUUCAAGAUCAACCGGACAGUCCUGCGGCUUAGUGAGGCCUAUACCCGUGUGCAGUACCAGUUCGAGCUGGAGAGCUUCGACUCCAUCCCAGGCCUGGUGCGCUGCUACGUGGGCAACCGGCGGCCCAUCUCCCAGCAGAGCGGCGCCAUCAUCUUCCAGCCCAUCAACAGGACAGUGCCCCUGCGGUGUCUGGAGGAGCGCUAUGGCACUUCCCCAAGCCGGACCCGGGAGGGCAGCCUCACCGAAAGAAGGCUCGAUGUGGCCAAACGUCUGAGUCUCACAAUGGGUGGCAUCCAGACCCGAGAGCAGAGCCUGCCCAAGGGGAAUCUUCUCAGGAAUAAAGAGAAGAGCGGCAGCCAGCCAGCCUGCCUCAAUCACAGGCAGGACGGGCGGGUGCUGGUCCUGAAAGCUCACCAGUCAGAGAGCCACCUGCCUAUCGGUGGUAAGCUGCCUCCCCAGUGCCCGGGCAUGGACACAAGCCCUUGCCCAAACUCACCCGUGUUCAGGACUGGAAGUGAGCCCACCUUAAGCCCCGCGCUGGUCCGGAGGGUCUCCUUGGAUACUCGGGCAGGGGAAGCUCUGCGAGGAUCCGACAGCCAGCUGUGCCCCAAGCCGCCCCCGAAGCCCUGCAAGGUGCCCUUCCUCAAGGCACCCCCCUCUCCAUCUGCCUGGCUCAACUCAGAGGCCAACUAUUGUGAGCUGAACCCAGCCUUUGCCACCGGCUGCGACCAGGGAGCAAAGCCGACCUCGGGGGCCCCAGCCAGCCACACAGAGCUGCUGAUAGCCAGGCAGAAUGGGGUCCCAGGGCCCCGAAACUCUGGCAUCAAUUACUUGAUUCUUGAUGGAAACGAUGGAGCUGGGCCUUGGGAGCCCACAGUGAUACCGGUGGACAAGGGGCAGGAGGACAAGGCAGAGUUUGUGAAGCCCCUCAUGGAGACCGUGUCCUCGUUCAGACCCAAUGACUUUCAGUCCAAGCUCCUCCCUCCGGAGAACAAACCCCUGGAGACAGCCAUGCUGAAGCGUGCGAAAGAGCUGUUCACCCACCACGACCCCAAGCUCAUCGCCCAGCACAUGCUGAGCAUGGACUGCAAGGUUGCUAGGAUACUCGAAGUCUCAGAAGACAUGAAGAGGAACAUGGGCGUUUGCUCGGGGCUAGAACUUAUCACCUUGCCUCACGGGCACCAGCUGCGGCUGGACAUCAUGGAAAGGCACAACACGAUGGCCAUCGGCAUUGCGGUGGACAUUCUGGGCUGUACGGGCACCCUGGAGGAUCGAGCGGCCACCCUCAACAGGAUCAUCCAGGUGGCAGUGGAGCUGAAAGACGCCAUGGGAGAUCUCUAUUCUUUCUCAGCCGUCAUGAAAGCUCUGGAAAUGCCCCAGAUUACCAGAUUAGAAAAAACAUGGAUGGCCCUGAGACACCAUUUCACCCAGACUGCCAUUCUCUAUGAGAAGCAGCUGAAGCCCUUCAGCAAGAUUCUACACGAGGGCCGAGAGACCACAUGUGUCCCCCCAAACAACAUAUCAGUCCCGCUGCUGAUGCCUCUUGUCACCUUAAUGGAGCGCCAGACUGUUACAUUUGAAGGAACUGACAUGUGGGAAAAAAAUGAUCAAAGCUGUGAAAUUAUGCUGAACCACUUGGUCACAGCCCGCUUCAUGGCUGAGGCUGCAGAUGGCUACCGGAUGAAUGCUGAGAGGAUCCUGGCAGGUUUUCAACCAGAUGAAGAAAUGAGUGAGAUCCUCAAGACCGAGUUCCAAAUGCGAUUGCUAUGGGGCAGCAAAGGUGCUGAGGUCAAUCAGACAGAGCGAUACGAGAAGUUCAACCAGAUUCUAACUGCCCUCUCCCGAAAGCUGGAGCCUCCUGCAAAGCAGGCAGAGCUUUGAGCACUGUCCACAGAACCCGAGGCUCAAGUUUUUCCAGUUUCUCCUUUGGAAAAACUGAUCUGAUAAAGUAAUAAAUACCAUGCAAAUCUCACAAUACAGGCUUUUGAUAGCCAUGGGAUAUUAAAUGUGUAAACUGCACAGAGCACACUUAUUUAUGAAUUGCUUGAAAUUACUACUGGUUUUUAAAUGAGUAAUUUAUUAUUAACGGUAACUAUUGUAAUGUUGAUCGACCAAUAUAAGAGAUCGAUCUUCUAUUAUAGAGUACCUGGCUAUUUUAGUUUUAAUUUCAUGUCAGAUAAAUGUAAAUAAGAGGUUUUUUUAAGUAUGAAAUAUUACAGAAGGUAUCAGCUGUAUGAUAUUCUUUAAAUAUAAAAGAUUGUAAAUAGUCAUGAAUGGAAAUAUAUCUUUUUGUGAAACACUUGUAUCCAGUCUCUUUCAUGUGAACUCAUCUUACGAAGCUGGUCUCUGAAGGCACUCCCUCUGCUUGCCUCUAGAUCCUGACAGUAAACUAACUCCCAUCUCCUCUGGCAACACCCUCCCAGACACAACCAGAAAUAAUGCUUUGUUAGUUACCAAGGACUCCUCAAUCCAGUCAGGAUGACACCUACAGACAUGAGUUAAGAAUCUACAUAGGAAGGCAAAACCAUAACAUAACC